CUCUAGUCUUUAUCAUUUAUUUAUUUUUCCUAAAAAAAUUGAAAGAAGAAAAAAGAAAAGCAAGGAAAAUUACUUUCGCCCAUUAAAUUCAAAGCUUAAUUUCCCUUUUUCUUUUCCUUAAACCCUUCUAAUUUUCCCUCUCUUUUUUUCUAUUAUCAAAGCUAGCCUUAGCCGCCUCAGAGAAAAUAAGAAGCAAAGACCCUUUUUUCUCUUAAUAUUCUCUUCUUCUCAGCUAGUUUUUCUUAGUUUUGUUCUGAUUCCUCGAUCAAAAAAUCAGUUCCUUUUCUUUCUUCGUAACACUUCACUUUGCUACAAUCCGAUUCCUUAUCGUGUUUUCCUUUCUGGGUUUUGUUCUGAUUCUAAAAUCAAACCACACUUUUAUCCACAACUUUGCUCUGUUUUGAUUUUUUUUUGUUCUGCUUUUCUCUUUCGAAGAAUAUGGGGUUCUCUAAAAAAUCUCAAAUCGAUGGAGGCUUCGAAUCAGAAGGAAAAAAAUGGGUUAUAGCCGGAAUUUCAGUACGAAGCUCUUUGAAGCCAAUAAAGACUAAAACCCACAAAGCCAAAGAUUAUGAAAACGACAACAACAACAACAACAACAACAACAACAACGGUGAUGAUGAUUACGACAGCGAAUCGUGUUCAACGACUCCAAAAAGCAGAGAAUCGAGAAUACCAGAGGGAUUGAAGUGUCCACCAGCUCCUAGAAAGAGAAGACCUUCCAGAUGCAAUUUCAAUGGUGUGAGAGACUUCUUUACAGUACCUGACUUGGAAACUGUAUUCAUACGCCGUGUCGAGGAAGCUAAUUAACUUGAGAGAUUAGACUCACUUACUAAGAUAAGAAGAACUAGAGUUAGAGAUUUUUAGGGUUUUUUUUUGUUUUAAUGGUGUUUUUCUUUUCUUUCUUACUCACUACUUAUCUUUUUAUGUUAAUCUCUCUCUUUCUCUUUCCGGGGUUUGUUAGAGAAGAGCUUGUAAUGUACAAAGAUAUCAUAUUUAUGCAAUGAGCAUUCUGCUAAUUUGGGUCAA